AACUUGUCGAGACUCGAGAGCAUCAAAAGCUUAUAAACUCUUCUUCAGAUUCUCACAUUUACUAACCUAAUAAUCAGUCAGGUCAUUCAUUUUGUAAUAAUAAUGGAGACGACGCCUCCUCCUCCUCCUCCUCCUCCUCCUUACCACCUCCCAUCGAACCCCAAAUCAGCCUCGCGUUCGAAAGAAGAAGAAAAAGAAGAAGCUCCACCCAAUCUUGUCUCUCUUGAAUUGGUGUGUGUGUCUCCGAAGAGCAAAGACACUCCUCCUCCAAGAGCCUCUUCCUCUCCUUCCCCUCCUCUCCGCAAAUCGAAGACCCGUUUAGAGGAUCGACUCCAAAUGGCAUCUGAGGAUAAUGCUGCUGCGUUGGUGGUGGUUCGGAAGCAGGGCAAGGGGAAAGGAGGGCAAAAGGGUCCUUUGGCUUCUCCCAGGAAUAAUCCCCGAAGAUCCAGGCGAAGGUCCGAGCCUGUGGCGGCGGAGAAAGAAGCUAAUGUUGUAGUCGACGAAGCCCCAAAGCCCAGAAAACGCAAGCCCAACAACGCUCGCCCUAAGAAGGAAAAACAAACUUCGUCUUUGCAUCUUCCAAAAGAUGAUGAUGAUGCUUCUUGUCAAAGCGAUCUGAAUCGGAUUGGAGAGAUGAUCAGUGAUUUGGUUAUGUGGAGGGACGUUGCGAAAUCCACACUCUGGUUCGGUUUUGGAUGUCUUUCUUUCCUUUCUUCUUCCUUUGCCAAUGGACUCAACUUUAGCCUUUUCUCGGCGGUUUCCAACCUAGGACUUGUGUUACUUUGUGCCUCCUUCUUGUCAAACACUCUUUCUCAAAGGAAAAACGAAGAAGACACCAAGAGAGAGUUCCAUGUGAGUGAAGAUGAUGUCUUGCGCUUAUCCAGACGAUUCCUUCCCGCUGCCAACUUUCUCAUUUCAAAGACCACUGUGCUUUUUUCUGGAGAACCAUCCAUGACUCUCAAAGUGACACCAUUUCUGCUUAUCGGAGCUGAGUAUGGCCACCUCAUUACGCUCUGGAGACUAUCCGCUUUUGGUUUCUUCCUCAGCUUCACCGUCCCAAAGCUGUAUUCGUGUUACACCCAUCAAAUUAGCCAAAAAGUAGAAAGAGUGAAAACGAGUUUAGGUGAAGCAUGGGAAAUGUGCUCACACAAGAAGAUCUUGGCUGGCUCUGCGGUGACAGCCUUCUGGAACUUGACAAGCAUUAGAACCCGGAUUUUUGCAGUGUUUAUCAUCCUAGUGAUAUUUCGGUAUAGGAGACAGAAUCUAGUACAGCUAAAUUCCGAGGAAGCUGUGCCUGUUGAGAAUGAGAAGCAAGAAGAAGAAGAAGAAGAAACACUUCCACAGGAAGAGGAGACGCAGCAGCAGCCACAAGAGGAGCAAGCGUUAGCUAUGGUGGUUGCAGAAACAGAAGGAUCAAAGAAACUCUGAGUGUUUGUAACUUUGUAACUGUGUUAAAACCCCAUUUAACAGAGAUGCAAUUUUAAGUCUCUAGUUAGUGUGAUAGGGUAUCAGUUUUUCCAUAUGACAUGAAAAACCUUGAACAAAAAUGUGAUUUUUAGAUGGGGUUGAUGUAAUACAUAUCAGAGAGUUUAUUAUAAAGAUGGAGAAUAUCAGUUCUU